CAGAGUGGAGUAACGCUGUGGCGAGAUGAUGAGGCGAGAGUCUGGCGACACAAGCUGAAGUGUACCGGCAGUGAGUGAGCUUUCGUGCUGUCGGUGCCUGCCUGUGUACGGUUUAGCCGUGUUAGCAUUAGCGCACCUCUCGGCAGGAACACAACAAGCUCUCGUGGUGUUAGCUUAUCCGCGCGGUUCUUCAUCUGCACGGUGACGAAAUGUCUGCUAAAGCCAUCUCUGAGCAGACAGGGAAGGAGUUCCUGUAUAAACACAUAUGUACGACAGUGGCUGUCCAGAACCGCUUCCUGUACGCCACCGUCACUGCCGAAACUGACUGGGACCGACUCACACAGGAUCACCCAUGGCUCCUGACUCAUCGAUUAGUUGUGAAGCCCGAUCAGCUGAUCAAGCGCAGGGGGAAGCUGGGACUGGUGGGCAUUAACCUUGACCUCCAGGGUGUUCGUGUUUGGCUGAAGUCACAUAUGAUGAAAGAAACCACAGUUGGAAAGACGAAGGGGAUCCUGAAGAAAUUCCUUAUCGAGCCAUUUGUGUCACACUCACAGGAGGAGGAGUUUUAUGUGUGCAUCUAUGCCACACGCGAUGGCGAUCAUGUGCUUUUCCAUCAUGAAGGAGGUGUGGACAUCGGGGAUGUCGACUCCAAGGCCCAGCGUCUGAUGGUCGGUGUGGAUGAGAAACUUGCUGCUGAUUCUGUGACUGAGCAACUGCUCACAAACGUCCCCGAUGAGAAGAAGGAACUUCUGGCCAGUUUUAUCGUAGGACUCUUUAACCUGUACGAGGAUUUGUACUUCACCUACCUGGAGAUCAACCCUCUCGUCGUUACGCAGGAAGGUGCGUACAUUCUGGACAUGGCGGCCAAAAUAGACGCCACGGCCGAUUUCAUCUGCAAGCCAAAGUGGGGUGAUGUGGAGUUUCCUCCUCCCUUUGGCAGAGAGGCCUACCCUGAGGAAGCCUACAUAGCAGAUCUGGAUGCUAAGAGCGGUGCAAGUCUCAAACUCACCAUACUGAACCCCAGAGGGCGUAUCUGGACCAUGGUGGCGGGAGGAGGAGCCUCUGUCGUCUACAGUGAUACUAUUUGUGAUCUGGGCGGAGUGGACGAGCUGGCGAACUACGGCGAGUACUCUGGUGCUCCAAGUGAACAGCAGACCUAUGACUACGCCAAGACCAUCCUCUCACUCAUGACUCGUGAGAAACACAAUAAUGGUAAAGUUCUGAUCAUUGGCGGAAGCAUCGCUAACUUCACCAACGUAGCAGCUACAUUUAAGGGCAUAGUGAGAGCCAUUAAGGACUAUCAGAUUCCUCUGAAGGAGCAUGAGGUCACUAUAUUUGUACGUCGAGGAGGACCGAAUUACCAAGAAGGCCUCAGGGUGAUGGGAGAAGUUGGAAAGACCACUGGGAUACCCAUCCACGUGUUCGGCACAGAGACUCACAUGACCGCCAUUGUGGGUAUGGCACUUGGACAUCGCCCAAUCCCGAAUCAGCCUCCGGUUGCUGCCCACACAGCCAACUUCCUGCUUAAUUCGAGUAGCAGUGCUGCGACACCAGCAGCAACCAGAACGGCUUCAUUUUCUGAACCCAGACCUAGCAACGAUAUCACACCAGCUAAAAAACCUAAACCUGGAGUUCCACCAGUGUCCUCUUUCUGCCAAACAUGGUCAGUGAAGAGUGCAUGCAGCACCGCUGUCAAAGAGCACAAGAGCACAGCAAAGCAGAGCGGAGCCAAAGCUACCACUCUGUUCAGUCAGCACACUAAGUCCAUAGUGUGGGGGAUGCAGACGCGAGCGGUUCAGGGAAUGAUGGACUUCGACUAUGUUUGUUCUCGUGAUGAGCCCUCAGUAGCCGCCAUGGUUUAUCCUUUUACUGGAGACCACAAGCAGAAGUUCUAUUGGGGUCAUAAGGAGAUCCUGUUACCCGUGUACAAAAACAUGGCUGACGCAAUGAAGAAGCACCCAGAAGUGGACGUCCUGAUCAGCUUUGCAUCUCUGCGCUCGGCCUUUGACAGCACGAUGGAGACCAUGAACUACCCGCAGAUCCACACUAUAGCAAUCAUAGCUGAGGGAAUUCCUGAAGCGCUUACAAGGAAACUUAUCAAAACAGCAGACGAGAAGGGGGUCACCAUCAUCGGCCCAGCUACGGUGGGUGGGAUAAAGCCAGGCUGCUUUAAGAUUGGGAACACUGGUGGGAUGCUGGACAAUAUCUUGGCAUCAAAGCUGUAUCGCCCAGGCAGCGUGGCAUACGUGUCCCGCUCUGGCGGCAUGUCUAACGAGCUCAACAACAUCAUAUCUCGCUCCACUGACGGCGUGUACGAGGGCGUGGCCAUCGGAGGAGACAGGUAUCCCGGCUCUACAUUCAUGGACCACGUGCUGCGUUAUCAGGACACGCCCGGGGUGAAGAUGAUUGUGGUUCUGGGAGAGAUCGGCGGUACAGAGGAGUAUAAGAUCUGUGAUGGUAUUAGAGAGGGCAGGAUCACUAAACCUGUGGUCUGCUGGUGUAUUGGUACCUGUGCUACACUCUUCUCCUCUGAGGUGCAGUUUGGUCACGCGGGUGCAUGUGCUCAUCAGACCUCUGAGACUGCUGUGGCGAAGAACGUGGCAUUGCAGGAGGCUGGUGUUUAUGUUCCCAGGAGCUUUGAUGAGCUUGGAGAUGUCAUUAGGACGGUGUAUGAUGAUCUAGUGGCGAGUGGAGUCAUUGUUCCAGCACAGGAAGUUCCCCCUCCUACCGUGCCAAUGGACUAUUCCUGGGCCAGGGAGCUGGGUCUGAUCCGUAAGCCAGCCUCCUUCAUGACUAGUAUCUGUGAUGAGCGGGGACAGGAGCUGAUCUACGCUGGCAUGCCCAUCACUGAGGUCUUUAAGGAGGAGAUGGGUUUAGGCGGGGUUCUCGGCCUGCUCUGGUUCCAAAGGAGGUUGCCCCGUUAUGCGUGUCAGUUCAUUGAGAUGUGUCUUAUGGUGACAGCGGAUCACGGCCCCGCUGUAUCCGGAGCUCAUAACACCAUCGUAUGCGCCCGUGCUGGGAAAGACCUCGUCUCCAGCCUCACAUCCGGCUUGCUCACCAUCGGUGAUCGGUUCGGUGGUGCUCUGGAUGCAGCUGCUAAACAGUUCAGUAAAGCGUUUGACAGCGGCAUGCUGCCCAUGGAGUUCGUCAACAAGAUGAAGAAGGACGGCAAACUCAUUAUGGGCAUAGGACAUCGUGUCAAAUCAAUUAAUAACCCAGAUAUGAGAGUGCAGAUCCUAAAGGACUUUGUGAAGCAGCACUUUCCUGCCACACAGCUGCUGGACUACGCCCUUGAUGUUGAGAAGAUCACCACCUCCAAGAAGCCGAAUCUGAUCCUGAACGUGGAUGGUUUUAUUGGCGUGGCUUUUGUGGACUUGUUGCGAACAUGUGGAGGAUUCACUCGAGACGAAGCGGACGAGUUUGUGGAAAUCGGUGCCCUGAACGGGAUUUUUGUUCUGGGACGCAGCAUGGGCUUCAUCGGUCACUACCUGGACCAGAAGCGAUUGAAACAGGGCCUGUACCGCCACCCGUGGGACGAUAUCUCCUACGUGCUUCCUGAGCACAUGUCCAUGUGACCGUCAUGGCCACCGUGUUCUGUCUUUACCCUGAAGGCUGUGUUUAAUAUUUAAGUAUAAACUGGAGGUGGAGGGUAAAUGAAAUGCCCUGUUUACGUUCACGUGAAGAUUGGGGAACACUUAUUAAACAUCUGUCGCUGUGUCUCUCUGCUGCGUCUUACACACACUAGUCAACUUCCCCUAGCACCUUUUUAAGUGUGCUUCAGCAACAUCACACACACACACUCCAACAGCAAGAACACUGCAGUGUCAUGAUGGCAUGCUAGCAUUUUAGCUGAUUGGUUUACUAACUACCUUCCAGUUGGCUACUGUAACAAUCAGCUGGUUUCAUAACUAACUGUCUAGCUAAUCUGAUAAUUAGUUGUCUUACCAGACCACUAAAUAACUACCCAGCUCGAUGAUUACCUUCUAGUGUGAUCAGUAGCUGGUUUCAUAACUAAGUGUUUUUCUGAUUGACUAGCAAUCAUCAUAUAUAAACCAUUACAACUAGCCAUCUUGAUAACUACCUGCCGGUUUCAUAAUAAACUGUUUAUGUUCCUGACUAUUUAGCUUGAGAUCUAGAAGAGUACCUUAAAAGCUUGAUAACUACCUUAUUAGCUGGUUUCAUAACAAGCUAGUUUUGCAGAUCGGACUACUUAGUUGGAAGCUAGUUAUCACAUUGGCUAGUGUGAUUAUGUUGCAAUUUCAGAACUAAUUACCUUCCUUGAUAUCUAGCGAUCUUGCUACCAAGCUUUCUCUCAUCUUGUAUAAUACCUAGCUGGUUCCAUAACUAACUACUGUUUUGUAUUCCAUUAGCUGAUAGGAAGCUAGUUACCAAGCUGGCUAGUUUUCACAGUAGCUUGUUAGCAGGAGUUCUAGUUCAUGAAAACAAUUGGUCAUGAAACCUGUUAGUAAUUACACUAGCUUAUAGCAUGACGGUAACUUUGAUGACUAGUACUCUUACUAACCAACUAUGAUAACUAAGCAGGCUUGGUGACUAGCUACCUAUUAGUUAGUAUACUGUGAUAGCUAGUUAGUUUUAUAAAUCUUUAGUGUUAUAAAUUUUUCCAGAUCGGUGUCAAGCAUUGUUGGUCAUUUUUGCUCUUAAAGUCACUUUAAGCGGAAGUGGACGAGGGUUGCGUUAAAUGCGGGAAUGAUUACUCUUGUUGAGAGAGAGCACUUUUUUGUUUAUUUUAACUUGGGAAUAGUGCGACCUUCACUCACACACAUACACACAGAGGUAUUGUAAUGAAGGACAGAUUAUGUUAACACUGGCACACACAAACCUGCUUUACUCACUAAUGAAAGCUGUUCAGGUUGUUUCUGUCAGGUCAGUUUGCGCUCAUUACAGAAACUGAAGACAAUUUGAUGUUUGCUUUUACUAUUUGUGUGUGUGUGUGAUAGAGAGAGGGAGAGUGUGUGUGUGUGUGAGAGUGUGUGUGUGUGUGUUACAGCCUCAAUCUAUGCCUCGGUUAUCGCUGUUUCUCAUUCGCCAGCCUGACCGCAUGACCUGCAUCCUUCUCUAAUCACACACAUCACUUCCUGUGGGUUUUGGUUUUUGGGGGAAAUUCUUCAUUAAGACUGUUUUUAUGUUUCUGUAUUUAAAUGUGAAAUCGAGCUGCUUUUGCUAUGUUACAUUUACUUUCUUAAUUUUUUUUUUUAAUUUAUGCCUAAAACUGUAAUAUUGUAGUAUAAUAAAGUCAUUCUUGGUUA